AUGGCCAGCGCAAGUUACGCAACAUCAAGAGGGGGGUAUGGGACAGGCAUGGUGGGCGCCUUCAUCGCGUCCGUCUUGACCAUGAUGAUCGACCUAGCCGAAAUCUCAGGCCUGGUCGACCCCGCGAGGGACGUGCCCCGAAUCAAAGAGACUACCAUCGUCUAUCUGGAAAUGAUGGUCGUAGCUAUUUGCGGCAUUGUCCCAAUCAUGGUGCUGAUGGCAUAUACGGGCCUACAACGAUACGACUGUGAGGAGCUACGGCCCAAGGCGGAGUGCGAUGAAGAAGAACAAGCUAGAAGGGAUGUCGAGAUAGGAGAGGGUGGACGCCACCGCCGCAAGUAA